CCGCCGCGGCCCGCCCGGCGGGGGAGGAGCGCGAGGAGCGGGGAGGAAGUGCGCGCGGGAGCCGGCACACACCCGCCGCCGCCUCGCACCCGGCUCCGCGCCUCCCCGAGACGUUGAUCAAGGUCCAGUUCAAGAUAAUCAUCAACCAUCAUGAGUAACUACACCGUGUCUUUGGUUGGCCCAGCUCCCUGGGGUUUCAGGCUUCAAGGUGGCAAAGACUUCAAUAUGCCUCUGACUAUCUCUAGGUUAAGUGAUGGUGGCAAGGCAGCUCGAGCAAACGUGGGAAUAGGUGAUGUGGUUCUCACCAUUGAUGGCAUAAGUGCAGAUGGGAUGACUCAUCUGGAAGCACAAAACAAGAUUAAGGCCUGCACAGGAAAUUUGACUAUGACUCUGCAAAGAGUGGCUUCUACAACAAAACCUGAACCUGUUCCUGUGCAAAAGGGAGAACUUAAAGAAGUAGUUAAACCUGUGCCCAUUGCAUCUGCUGUUGCACCCAAAGUAACUUCCACAGUGAAUGUUGCCUACAAUAAGACACCGAGGCCAUUCAGAGCUAUCACAUCCUCAAAAGUCACAUCCAUUCCAUCACCGUUGUCUGCCUUCACCCCAGCCCAUGUGACUGUUCCAUCAUCACAUGCUUCCCCUCCUCCACUCGCCACUGUCACCCCUCCCCCAUUUGCUGCAUCUGGACUGCAUGCUAAUGCAAAAUCUAGUACUGAUCAGCGUUCACCUGCACUGAGCGCUGUUAAAACUGCAGUUAAUAUCCCACGGCAGCCCACCACAUACAAUACAGCCCUGAAUGUGCUUUCCACCGGGAAUGUCCAGGAUGUGACAGAAGGGCAAAGAAGAGGAUUCAAAGAGAACCAGGGUGACAGUAAACAGCAAAAUGGGAAAAACCCACCUAAACGUCCACCAAGAAAACACAUUGUGGAUACCUACACGGAGUUUUAUCACAUGCCCACUCACAGAGAUGCCAGCAAGAAACGACUGAUUGAAGAUACUGAGGACUGGCACCCUAGAACAGGGACUACUCAAUCUCGUUCUUUUCGUAUCCUGGCCCAAAUCACUGGCACUGAUCAUAUGAAAGAACCAGAACCUGACUCUACAAAGAAGACAAAUGAUUCCCUGGAGGCCACACAGCCUGUUGCUUAUGCUGCCUCAGUAAAGAACAUGCCUAUGAGUCCAGACAGUCCUGACACCAAAUCAUCUGCAGCCAACAUCACAUCUGCUACAGCCGUUAAACCAACCGAACUUCAGAGUGCUGUCAAAUACUCAGGCUGGCAACCUUCAAACCAAGCAGCACAAGGAUGGACAUCAAACAGUAUUGCACCAUCUGGAGCAGCUGCAGCAAGUACCAAGUCUUUAAUGCAACCUCAGCUAACAGAGCAGGACACUUUAAUUCAAAGAGCAGAGCAUAUUCCAGCAGGAAAGCGUACCCCAAUGUGUGCCCAGUGUGAUCAAGUCAUUAGAGGACCUUUUUUGGUGGCUUUGGGAAAAUCAUGGCAUCCAGAGGAGUUUAAUUGUGCCCACUGCAAAACCUCCAUGGCUUAUAUUGGGUUUGUGGAAGAGAAAGGGGCCCUCUACUGUGAGGUCUGUUAUGAAAAGUUCUUUGCUCCUGAGUGUUCUCGAUGCCAGAGGAAGAUACUUGGAGAAGUCAUCAAUGCUUUGAAACAAACUUGGCAUGUUUCCUGUUUUGUGUGUGUGGCCUGUCAUAAUCCCAUCCGCAAUAAUGUCUUUCAUUUGGAAGAUGGGGAUCCAUACUGUGAAACAGAUUACUAUUCCCUCUUUGGUACCAUGUGCCAUGGCUGUGAAUUUCCCAUUGAAGCUGGUGACAAAUUUCUUGAAGCCCUGGGCCACACCUGGCAUGACACCUGUUUUGUGUGCUCGGUGUGUUGUGACAGCCUGGAGGGUCAGACUUUCUUCUCCAAGAAGGAUAAGCCACUAUGCAAGAAACAUGCUCACUCUGUGAACUUCUGAUUCUUAGGCCACAUCUUAAACUUAAGGAGUUGAGAGGAAGAUUGGAAUUCAUUGGCUGUCCAUUUUCCAUGAAUUGUUUGUUACCUAUAUACAUCUUUUUAGAAAUAGAAGCGAGAUGUGAGAGUGUUUCUCAAAGAACAGUUUUCUUUCAGUAAAAAGAGGGCGGGUAGCCUAAAUGCUAAGAGUUAAUUGCUAGGAUGAUUGUAUUUUCACACCCAGCAUGUUCCUGUAUUGGUCUCAUUAUUUAUAUGGGUAAAUUUAUAUUUGUUUAAAUAUCAGUAAUGAAGCAGUUACAAAUUCAGACCUGCUAUCAUAAAACCUGGUUUUGCUGCUAUUCAGAAAGAAAGGGGUUAUUGGCUUAGAUAUCCAAAUCAUAUUAGAGGUAUGAAUGUUUUUCUGAAAACAUAUCUAAAGAUGUUAAAACUAAAAUCCAGUAUUAGCACUGAAAAAAGAAUCUUAAAGGUAAGGAUUAAGAUAUCUGGAACAUGUUUUAAUGCAUGAAAUCUUCACUUUGGAUAACACUCUCACAUGGUCCAUGCUUGUCGUCCACUCUCACAGGACUGUAUGAAGCCCCUGGUAAUCAAAUUUUUAAUAGACCCACAAAGAACAGUGUGAGAUUUACAUGUGACCUCCAAAUUAUGGGAUAGCUAUUCAAAUGGAAAGUAAUGAUUUAAGAAGUGCCCCUCAAGCCUCGGAGAUGACACAUGGAACACUGUUCUUUCAGAUGUGGCAUAUUACCAAAAUGCUAGCCAAAAAUGUCAGAGUAUGAAAUUGCAUCAGACAGGAACUGUCUAAUCAGAUCUUAAACUUAAUAUUUUCUGUACUUUUAUGCUCACAGUUCAGCAGUUAGAAGUGCUUGGGGGAGGAAGAAAGGGAAAGAAACUAUGUUAAGUCUGUAUGUAACAACGUUUUGUAUCCAGAAGAUGAGGCUUCUUCCUUCUGUUAUGAGGGAAAGUUCUGAAGUGCAACUCAGGACUUUUUCUCCCAACACGGCCUCUGUGAUGUAGCUCAUGAAUAUAUAUAUAUUUAUAUAUGAAGUUUGUUUGUUUAGUGCAAGCUAUUUUCUUGCUUACGUGCUAGGAUUUGUUUAGCUCAUUCUCUCUUUCAGUCUUCCUCUAGUCAUAAAGAAUGGAUUGUUGGGUAAUAUAAUAUUGAGUUAGGCAGUUCAGUGUCUCUCAGUUCUUGAAAAGGAACAGAGAUAAUGCUGUCAUUAUGCACGUAUUGCAAACCAACAGACUUUGCCAACAUCUUCUCUGGAUUAAUGUGAAAAUCACCCCUGUGCAGAGCCAGAACAAAGCCUAGACACCAGUGAAGUAGUAUUGUAGAUGUAUAAGAAAGGUACUGACUCUCUCCAGAGAGUGAAUUUCACUCCAGAAGAGUUGGAGAACAGAGAAGGGGUCCUCUCUGUCCCAAAUGAGAAUCCUGCUUGAAGCCAGGUUUAUAUACUGCCUGAUUAAAUAGGGAAGUUAGAUAGAUAGUCUUUGUUGCCUUUCUGUUAAGUACACAUUUACAUUUUAGAAUUGGUACUAAGGAAAAGUUUAUUAGUAAUGGUAUGAGGAAAAUAAAAUGAAAAGAAUUGACAUGUACUCUUGUUUGCCAUGGUUCAGUAAAGAAAAUAUUUGUGUAGAAUAUAUACAAAGACAAACCUAUUGUAUUGAACUCUAAAAGGAUCCGUAGUAUUCAGAAGAAUUCACUGAGACAGGGCUGUGCAAUAGGUAGUAUUUAAUUUGUAUUCUGUGAGGGUAUUUUUUUCUCAACACUUCUACACUUUAACUUCCAGUGAUAUGGGAGAAAUAUUGUAAAGCAACUUAAAAUGUUUACAGUCUUCUAGACGUGGUUGAUGUGGAUAGGCCAAAAAAACCUCCAAUAAACAAAAUGGAACAAUCAAGAGAUGAGUAGGUUUUUAAACAGGAAGGCAGGCCAGGUAAUGUAUAGGAAUCAAGAAUAAUUUUGAGCAGGAAGACUGAGAUUGCCUUUGAAACAACUAGGAUGUUCAAAGCUGGGGCUCAAAUAAAUACUUCCAACAGAAAUUCAUAGCACAUAUUUGGGAAGGAGAUUAGAAUGGCUAGGCUGGAAGUGCACUGCACUUUCUGCAAUUAAAAAAAUAUAUGAAAAGUGGAGGGAUGCAAUAGGUUUCAAGAGGUAACACAUUUUUUCUGCUUGGAGUUGUACUAAAAUUAUUUCACUUGAAACAUUUAUUGGAAUCAUCUUUCUUAAUCCUUGUGAACCAGGAUUUAGAAUUAUCCCAGUUGCUAAGAACAUAGCCUGGAGAGGCUUAAUAGCAUUUCUUUAACCAGCUGGUUCACUUUUUAAUUUGUGCUCUAUUUCUGGACUUGUUUUCUUUUCUUUUUAAUAACUUAAAAUCACUGAUAUCUAUUUUAAUAUUAAAGGGAGGUAAUACAUUUUAUAAUUACAGCACAAACCCAAAGGAUCAGUAUGUCAAUAUAUAAAUGUUUUUAAGAGGUGAGAUUCUAGUAGGGCACUUUAUUAUAAUGCUGUGUAUCUCACUGAAUAUUUAUUAUUGUGGGUAGGAGUAUUUCAUAUUAAUAUCUUUGAUUUUAUUUUUAAGGAAGCAUUGCUUAUUUUCCUCCAAAAUCAUUAGGGGUGUGUGUGUGUGUGUGUGUGUGUGUGUGUGUGUACACAUACAUACACACACAAUUUUUUUUCUGAUGACAGACUUGAUGUAGCGGAUCAGCACUGCUCAACUAGCUGUGCUGAAAGCUAGGGUUUUCACAAUUUUCACAACUAUUUUUCACCAGAAUUGGCUUCAUUGAGGGUCCAGCCUUUGAACAAACGUUAGAAUUUAGGGGCUUAAACCUGCCUUCCAGUAAAUAUCAGGUGUGCCUGUAGAUGUGCCAGUUUUUUGGAAAAUCAACCACUGCAUGCAUAUACAGUCACUGAUUUCUCAAACUAGGCUGGUUGGAGGACAGGACUAAACUCUGUGUCUGAGGUAAAAGGGAUUUAAAGAUGUAUAACUGAACCAAGAUGGCAGAUUUUGCAUGUUCUAACUAAUUUAUGAUAUAGAAUUAGUAGUAAAUAACAAUUACAUUUUAAUUUAACACUGCUGCAAAUAUAAAGGCAAAAGAUGGUUAGUGGUACAGUAUGCGCUUAUAUAUUGAGCAGUCAUUAUUGGCUGCAUUUGCUGAGCUGCUAGCAUUUUCUGAUAAUAGAAAUGGCUUGGUUAAGAGCAGUAAAGGGAAAAUAUUUCAAUUCACAGAUUAUAGUUUUUUUUCAUCUUGCUUUACUUCAAUCAACAGCUAAAGAAUUUUUCUGAUUUGUUCACUUGUAUUUGUUAUUCUUUGGCUUCUAAUUUUGUUUGUUCACCUUUGCAAAGUUCAUAAAACAAAUCUUUGUUCAAGGUCUUAGUUUUGUUUUUGAAAAAAUGUCUAUAAAAAGCACAAACAACGAAGCAAUAUCCUGAUGUAUGCAUAUUAAUAAAUAGCUCUGGAAUUGUA